AUUUAAAGAACACAAUUUUUUUUGACUUAAUAAGCCACAAAUACAAUAAUUAAUUAUGGCUUUGGUGUUUAGAGCACUAUACCAAUUUUAUUUUGAUUAUGUAGAAGGAAAAAAAGAUCCUCGAAUAGAUCACUAUCCACUAUUAGGAUCACCAAUAAAAAUUAUAACAGUUUUAGGAUUAUAUUUAUAUUUUGUAAGUAGUUAUGGCAGAAAAUUCAUGGAAAAUCGACAACCAUUUGAACUAAAUAAAAUAAUGACAAUAUAUAAUGCGAUACAAGUCAUAAUAAAUGGAAUUUAUUCGAUGGUAGCAAUACAUGCUAUAUUCUUUUAUUAUGAUUAUAGUAAAGAAUGGAGAAAUUAUUGUGCACCACCAGAUUAUAGUUAUACUGAAAAAGGAUAUUUUGAAGCUAGAAUGACAUAUAUUUAUUUUUUAUUUAAAAUUUUAGAUCUAUUGGAUACAAUAUUUUUUGUAUUAAGAAAACGUUAUAAGCAAAUAACAUUUUUACAUGUAUACCAUCAUUUGGGUAUUUGUUUUGGUGUAUGGAUUGGUGUACGUUAUUGUCCUGGUGGUCAUACUGGAAUAUUAGGUUUAAUUAAUUGUAUUGUACAUACAAUUAUGUAUUUUUAUUAUUUUUUAACAGCAUUUAAACCAGAAUUAAAAAAAUCAUUAUGGUGGAAAAAAUAUAUAACAAUAAUUCAAAUGACACAAUUCAGUUUUCUUAUAUUACAUUUUAGUAUACCAAUAAUAAGGGGUAAUUGUGGUUAUCCUUUUUUCUGGUUAAUGGUCUUAGUAAUACAAAAUACAUUUAUGUUAAUAUUAUUUUCUGAUUUUUAUAUAAGAGCAUUGGAGAUUUGA